GUGCAGUUUUUAUUUAUGACAAAGUAGCGGCAGAUCCGACAACUGAAAAAAUAUUACUUUUAAAUACAGUCACCCAAAUAAAUGAUAAUUGAAACAUUGGUUUGAAGAACAUUGUUAUCACAAAUAAUGAUUAAGCUAAUCAAGCUAAUCAAUUUUAUAAAGAAGUACUUCCGGAUUUCAAAUUAAGGUUUACCUGAAGUUCACCCACCAAAUCGUUUUUAGCUCCUACAAUCAGACAACGUCUGAUUCACAAUGUCCACGAGGGUAAUGUUUUGAUAUAUUGUAUUUUUCACUCAAUCAAAGCCCACAAUAGAAAUACCGCUGCAGUGAAUCAGGUAGAAUAAAUAAUUAUGAUUUGUUGGACAGGGUUGAGCUAUAUUAGCACUAACGGUUGGACUAUAGAAAGAGUGAGGGUAUGGAGUGAGGGAGGGAAGAUGCUGUUGCCAGGGAACUGCAGCCUUGCUUUGGACCAAUAGGCAGUAAUGAAGUAAAAUGACUGAGACUGGUGCUUAUUUUUCCCCAAGCUGAAGAAGAGAUUUUUUUUUAAAAAAAAAAAAGCCUUUGUGGAGGAAUUUUGAUGGAGACAAAAUAAAAGUAGAAAUUGAGCUUAUUUUGAGGUGAGAGUGUGGGAGGAAUUUUAGCAGAACAAGGAUAGAGGAGCUAGAAAGAGGGAGGAAGAUUGCAGUGCCAGAGCAGAUGCAGCCACAUUUAAGACUUUUUUGUGUCACUGGUUUGGAUGUAGAUGCUGAGAGGCAGGCUGUCGGCUCCCUCUUCACGGUCAGUCUUUCUCCAAUAGAAGGUGCCCAGAGUCAGGGGCUGGGGGAGAAGAAGGGCUUGUUGCUAGUCCAGCACAGAGAUUACCCCUGUCUUCAGACACCUGCUGCUGGCUCAUGGCUGACGUUGGAGACAGUAUACGACUGUGUCUCUGCGUGUGAGUUUGUGCAUGUGAAUUAGUCAAAAGACAAGGAAGGCGAGGAGACAUUGUACGACUCUCCAUGACUCUGUGCUGUUGUGAGAAAUCAAAAGCGUCCUUCCUGAAACGGGUGUAUCGUUUGCAAGAGAAAGGACACGCAUCCACGGACCUCUGAGAGGAUUUACAAGGAUCCCACACCUCUAAUGCCCCUGCUGGACCCUUCUGUCCUGGCUGAGGGAUGGGCACCACAGAGGCAACACUACGAAUGGAAAACAUGGAAGUGAAAGACGAGUGGCAGGACGAAGACUUCCCCAGACCACUGCCAGAGGACGGAGACAUGGACUCCUGUGGUCUCACAGACCACCGAGGCUGGCCUCCUAACUCCCUGAAUGUGAGCCCACCUGGAGGAGGAGGGGGAGGUGGUGUUUCCUCCUCCCACCGUAAACGCCGUACACUGCUGGCCCCAGACAUGAACCUCUCCUUGGACCACAGCGAAGGCUCCCUGCUAUCGGACGACUUUCUGGACACGCCGGAUGACCUGGACAUCAACAUCGACGACAUCGACACUCCAGACGAGACAGACUCGCUGGAGUUCAUCACGAAUGGCAACGAACUGGAGUGGGAAGACGACACCCCAGUAGCCUCGGCCAAAGCAGGUCCUUGUGACGGCUCAGGAGACGUGGAUGAAGAGGGGAACACCAAUAAUGGACGUCUGUGGAGAACGGUGAUCAUCGGAGAGCAGGAGCAUCGCAUCGACAUGCAGGUCAUCAGACCCUACGUACGGGUCAUCACACAUGGAGGUUAUUAUGGAGAGGGUCUUAAUGCCAUCAUUGUCUUCUCUGCCUGUUACCUGCCUGACAGCAGUUGUCCAGAUUAUCACUACAUCAUGGAAAACCUCUUUCUGUAUGUGGUGAGCAGCCUGGAGAUGCUCGUGGCUGAAGAUUACCUGAUCAUCUACAUGAACGGAGCCACUCCGCGCAGUAAGAUGCCUGGAAUCAGCUGGCUGAAGAAGUGUUACCAGAUGAUUGACAGACGACUGAGGAAGAACCUGAAGUCUCUGGUCAUUGCUCAUCCCACGUGGUUCAUACGCACCGUUCUGGCCAUAUCCAGACCUUUUAUCAGUGUGAAGUUCAUGAACAAGAUCCAGUAUGUGCACAGUCUGGAUGAACUGGCGGAAAUCGUCCCCAUGGAGCACGUCCAUGUCCCGGAGUGUGUAGUGCAAUUUGACGAAGAAAGAAUUAAAGCACGAAAAGAAAGAAUGGAGCAGGAGUCCAGACAGCAGGAGCAGCAGGCAGUUCAAGAGGAGACAGUUAAAAAGUCUGUGAGGCCAAAGUCUAUGAUCGUGGACAAAGGCUUAUGAGACGGUCUGGUCUGGAGUUUUGCAAGUUGUGACAGAAUUACGGAGCAUGAAAUCUCUGAUAUAUACUGUAUAUCCGUAAGAGUUACAGAAAACUGCCAGGAGUCGCCAUAUGCUUCCAUGUCAUUCAACAUCCGGCUGGAUCUAGUUUAAGCGUCACGUGAAUGUCAAGCAGUUCCUGCUCCAUCUCUAUUCCCUCUGCCCUGGAACUUCUUUAUUCACUCAUCCCGAGAGGUUUGAACGUGGAGACAAGGUGAAACCACAGCUGCACUGAACUGUUUGAUAGUAAAUAGAAACUGUUGUUGACACACAUGUUCAUCUGCUCUUUGCCUUGCUGCUGUGACCUUAGGUCUUUACGUUAAAUGUUGCAUCAUGUUGUAUUGGCCACAGCAUGAUCACUGUACAACAUGUAUAGAAUUAACUGGAACAGGAGAAAAAGUGAUGUAUUUUGGCUGCAUCAGAUUUUUUUUUUUUUGGACUCAUCAGGUUUUCAGUAAUGAGAGAAAAUCAACUGCACUUUGUGGUAGAUGUACUUGUUAGAUUGUCUUUUUAUAGAUAUAUUUUAAUUAUUGAAAAAUGCAUUUAUUUUAUUUUUUAUUUAAGUAGACAUAGCAGGUGACUUCACCGACCAGGGAUGUUAAGGAACAACAACUAACCAGAUGCUGAGCUUGUUUAGCUAACUAAAUUGGUCACCUGGGUAUAUAAUAUAAUAUAAUAUAUAUAUAUUUCAUUCAAAGAAAUUAUGUCAUAGGACAUAUUUGCAUCAGACCCUGAGAUAAAUAUGUUUAAAGAAAUGCCGUUGUUUUCAUUUGCUUCUAUUUGGUGUCAGGUGAUUGAGGUCAUGUACACAGAUGUUCUUCACAUGUGAGAGUUAAGUCUCACAGAACGAAAAUUGUAGCAGAUAAAACAUCACACAUACAGCAAAGACAAUGUUUUGGUUUUUUUUUUAAACAUGUUCUGUGUCAGGGUUUUGUUUUAGAAGAUUAGUUUUGUCAUCACAGACAUGAAGGACAUCAGUCCCAACCAAACAGACAAGACAUUCAAUGUCAGUGCAGACGCUCCUCUUGUAGCUUAAAGUGACUUUGUCUCAUUUUGUUACUGACUGUUUAUCCUUUGUUUUUGCAUGUUUAGUGCCUAUGAAUUACAGACUUCCAGGUGUCUCCUUUUUUUUCAGCUUUCAUUUUUGGUGUCAAUAAUUAAUGAAGCAGCGACACAGAGCAGACACAACGUUCUUUGUGCAGUACUACUACUUCCUUCUGUUGCCUGUAUACUUGAUACUGUAGUUUUGCAUUGUUGUUACAGAACGUUUCAUGUACAGAUUGUGAUUUAUGUUUAGGAGACUAUAAGUCAUUUUUAGUCUACUUUAUAUCUUCCAGUUUUAAGGCUGUUAGUAGAGCAUGCAUGUGCUCAUGUAAAGGACUUGACACAUUUGUAAAGUCCCUGCUCUGCUCCAAUAUUACUCUUGUUCUGUCGCCUGUUCACUGAAGUGGAUCAUGGAAACAGACUGCUUUUCAAUUCAUCACCUUAAAACCAACUUUACUCGACAACUUCCAUAGGCAGUAACUACUCAGCAAAUGCAGUUUGUCAAUAGAAAUAUAUUUGUGUUUUUUUUUCUCUCUCACUUUAGUCUGAAAUGAGUGCCUUUUUUGAAGAGGUUGAAAUAAUCAAACAGAUUAUGUAUUUUUUUUCUGCAUUUAAAAAAAAGCUUUCUGUCACUGUAAAAGCACAAUAUGUAGAUAUUGUUCGUCCGCCUACCUUUCAGCCGCUGUACAAAGAUUUGCUUUGAUUAAAUGAGAAAGGAGAGAGAUCUGUAAUUUUGAGCUUUAUUCUGUUUCUUCCACGUAAAUAACAGUGAAUAAAUGUUUCCAGCCAAA